CACACUUCUGCCAAAGCGUCUCUCUAUAUCGUGGUCUGUGCAUACCCAUUUCGCAGUGCUCCACGACUUGCUGGCACUAUAUGGUUGACUCCGCCAGCGAUUCUCUAGGCCCCAUCUCUUCUGCGACCGUCUCCUCAGUCCUCGGCAUAAAGGGGUCCCUUCGUUUUCGCCGGCAUGGUGCAAGUCAGAAGGCACACGUCGUCCUACGACGCGUAGAACUUUCAGAAGAGUCCGUACAUGACUCUGGUAAAAGGCCUGUUGCAUACUUUAGCCUUUUUGCGCAGAAAAGAAUCGAAGUCAAGCCUGGCAAGGAGAUUUUACUAGCCGUAGCUUCCGAGGAUGGAUCUUUCACAGACCAAGCCGUCAUCUUCGAAGGAGAUCUUGUUGCUUCAGAUACACAACCUGAUGCCGAACAGGAAACGCAAGAUGAUGUCGAACAUGUUGUUGAGGUUCCAUUCGUACCUCCAAAAAUGAGGAGAACGUGGAACAAGGCAUAUGAACAGAUAGCGCCCACCGCCCGCCACCUCUACCUGAGCGUGUAUCAGUGGGUAUCCAGGCUCAGCCAUCAUGGGCAGUGAGUUCGGUCCAGGCAGUUCCAACAACAUCUCCUGUUCGAAUUGGGCAACACCCAUCACUUCCGGAGGACAAAGAAGAUUUGAGCC